AUGUCGCCCAGCCUUUUCGACCCCAUCCACAUCGGCUCCAUCCCCCUCUCCCACCGCGUCGCCAUGGCACCUCUAACCCGCUACCGCGCCAACGAUGCCCACGUGCACACCUCUCUCGCUACAGAAUACUAUGGUCAGCGGGCCUCCGUCUCUGGAACCCUCCUCAUCACUGAAGCCACCUUCAUCUCUCCCCGCGCCUCUGGCUACGCGAACGUGCCUGGUAUAUACAACAAGGAUCAGAUUGCGGCGUGGAAGAAUGUCACGGAUGCGGUUCACAAGGAGGGCAGCUAUAUAUUCUGUCAGCUGUGGGCAUUGGGACGGACGGCGAAGCCGGAGAUUGUGAGGAAGGAAGCCGGCGAGAAAUGGUUCGCCAGCAGCAGCAGCGUCCCUAUGGAGGCUGGGACCGAGGAACCGAGAGCCCUAGACGAGGAAGACAUCCGGGGCUUAGUAGGAGACUACGUGCAAGCUGCGAAGAAUGCGAUUGAGGCUGGGUUCGAUGGCGUGGAGAUCCAUGGCGCCAAUGGAUAUUUGAUCGAUCAAUUUAUACAGGAUGUGGUCAACAAGAGGACGGAUGCGUGGGGUGGAAGUGUGGAAAAGAGAUCUAGAUUUGCCCUUGAGGUUGCCAAGGCGGUCGUUGAGGCUGUAGGGAGUGAGAAGGUGGGGAUCCGGUUGAGCCCCUUCAGCACAUUCCAGGGGAUGAAGAUGGCACAUCCGGUACCACAGUUCAGCCAUCUGGUUGAGGGACUCAAGGAGCUGAAGCUGGGCUAUCUACACUUGGUGGAGUCGCGCAUUUCAGGCAACGCAGAUGUUGAGACCACAGAAAGAGUUGAGCCUUUGCUGAAGAUUUGGGGCAAGACGAGUCCGGUGCUUCUGGCUGGUGGGUUCCAGCCGGACAGUGCGAAGCGCGCGGUUGAGAAAGAGUAUACCGGACAGGACAUCAUGAUUGUGUUUGGCAGACACUUCAUCUCGAACCCGGACUUGCCAUUUAGGAUUGAGAAGGGCAUAGAGCUGACGAAGUAUGACCGUGACACGUUCUAUAAGACCGAAAGCCCCGAUGGAUAUGUCGACUAUCCUUUCAGCAAGGAGUGGGAGGCGCAGAGCAAGCUGUAG